CGCAUUUGUAGCGCUAUAUAAGUAAUUCACUCACUCAAUAAGUUUGUGAAGAUACUUUUGAAAAAGUAUAGGACGGGUCGAUUUUUUGCCAUUUGGUAAAAUAUGGUGCACAGCAACACUACGAGGAGAGCUGUGGCAUUACUGGACAGUCCUCAUCCUAAUGAACAAGCAAUAAGGCAGAUGUCAAAAGAUGGCAGACUUACUAAACAGCCCUAAGAUGUUUUGGAAUCCAGUUCCAUGAUGGAAGAGGUUAUGCAGCUACUGCCCUGUGAGCAAAGCAGUCAUAGAUUUUGAAAGGGAAGCAAGUCAUGGCUGCAAUAUCCCAGCUGGAACAAGAAAUGAUGACCAAGGCACGACGACAGAUUCCACAAUGCCAGGAUUCUGUGGAGAAGCUAAGGCUGCAAUGUCUUGCAAGAGGAGCAUCUGGAAUUAAAGGCUUGGGAAGGGCUUUCCGAAUAAUGGAUGAUAACUAUAGUAACUCUUUGGACCUAGAAGAAUUCUCCAAAGGGCUGCAAAACUAUGGACUUUCCCUUCGCCCAGAAGAAGUGCAAGACAUUUUUCAGAGAUUCGACAGAAAUGGAAAUGGAACAAUCAAUUUUGAUGAGUUCUUGAGCACAAUCAGGCCUCCAAUGUCCAAUGCUCGUAAACAAGUUAUAUUAGAAGCUUUUCAUAAAAUGGACAAAACUGGUGAUGGUGUUAUAACUGUUGAAGACCUUAAAGGGGUUUACAAUCCUAAAUGUCAUCAGAAAUAUCAGAACGGUGAAUGGAAUGAAAGGCAGGUGUUCCAACAUUUCCUGGACAACUUUGAUUCACCCAACAACAAGGAUGGGCAAGUGACAGUGGAGGAAUUCCUGAAUUACUACAGUGGUGUCAGCGCUUCCAUAGACAGUGAUGUCUAUUUUGUUGUAAUGAUGAAAAAUGAAUGGAAAAUUUAGAACUACAACUAGCACCACAAUUUUCUUCUAGAUACAUCAUGGUUUAUUUAUUUUGCAAAUGUAAAAUUCACCUAGCUUAGUGAAUGAGGUGAAGCUGUACCAUGCUCAAUCACAUGCAAGUAUAAAUUCAGUUUUGUCCCUUACACAUGACUGGGUAUUGUUUGCCAAGUGAAUCUUCACUUUGCUUCACCUUAUUCACUAAGUUAAUUGAAAAUUCUGUGAACAAGUAUGUAGAUUAUUGCUAAUGUAGAUGCUAGUGACCUGAGGAAUCAGACUCUCCUCAAAUCAACUCAUGUUUCCAAUUUUUUUUUAUAUAAUUGUAUUUAGUACAACUGCAAAAUAUAAUAAAACACCUGAGUUAUUAGCAGAACAUGUUUUUGGUGUUGUGCCUGAGGAUGAGUGGACUUUUAAAUGCCUAUUUCUUUCUUUAUAGAACCCAUACAGCAUUUAGAAAUCACUACAUCCAUGUAAUGAUUUUAAUUGUAAUUUCAUGUUAAUACUGUAUAAGCUUAAAGGUUAGGUCACAGCUACUCCAGAACAGAAAGCUGGUGGUCAAUACUAUAAUACAAAAUAAAAUAAUUUAUGCAGCUCAACCAUU